AUGACGCCCUCCUCGUCGUCGAGGCAACAGCAGCACCAGCGGCGGCCACGACCAGUGCCUCGAGGCGUGACCAUCCUCUCGGCGUUCACCAGCGCGCUCCUGGCCUCCGCGCCUCGCUCCGAUGCAUUCCUGGCGUUGCCACCAGCAGCGCUCGCCGCUGCUGCGCGCGGCGGCGGCGGCGGCGGCGGCGGGCAUGAUCGACAACACGGCGGCGGCGGCGGGGGUGUCGCGACGUCGGCAGCAGCGUUCGCGUGCAGCACGCGACUGUCAUCACGCCGGUGUGCAGCAGCGCCGGCGCCGGCGGCGCUGUCCAGCCGCCGCGGCAGUAGGAGCGGGAGGGGAAGCGCGCUGGUAAUGGCGGGGGCUGAGGGCGACGACGGGGGGGAAGGCGGAGCUCUGGCCGAGGGGGAAGGGGUUGUUGAAGGAGUGAUUAGUCGGUCCCCUGUGUCUCCACCUGCAGCAGCGGCAGCUUCGGGCGAGGAGGGUCGCGAGGGAGGAGAGCAAGACCACGGUGCUGCCGUGGCGAAAAGCUGCUGUGCUCAGUCGCUGCAACUACGUUGCCUACCUCUCUACUUUCAGCCCAAGCAUCCGGCCGCGUUAUCGACAGACCAAAGUCCUGCCGAGAGAUUUUGA